AUGGCUGUCUUCAGCAACAAGAAGUUUCCGUCCAAGGCGGACACCAAUACCUUUGCAGCCAAGUAUCGGGCUCAGCUGGCCAAGCGGCCGUUUCUGCUAUUCGGCCUGCCCUUCAUCGCCGUGAUGAUCGCCGGCUCCUUCGUAUUGACGCCUGCCACGGCCAUCCGUUACGAGAAGCAUGACAGACGGGUGCGCCAGGUAACGAGGGACGAGGAGCUGAACCUCCGCCGGUCAGCGCGCAAGGUCGACAUGAAGGAAGAAUACUACCGACUUGCGGCGAAGGACAUCGACAACUGGGAGCAGAAGCGUGUCCAGCGACUCAAAGGCGAACACGAUGGCAUUAUUGGCGAGUAG